AUGGCACAAACAGCAAAUGUAGCUUGUUUUGAUGGGAGUGAAAAUGGUGGAUCAGAUCUUGAUAUAAACGUAAACGACAUACUGAAUUCUGCUGCGAGUAUCGGAAACGUUGAAACGGAACAAAAUAAUGCUGAUAUUGAAGUCAAUAAUUUAAUAAACAGAGAAGUCAAUGAAGUCUUCAUUCAUGACAAGGGAAAAAAUGAUGAAAUGGCACGUUGUGCAGAACUCGAAUUGAUUGUUGCUCAUUGCAAGAAACGUUUGCGGAAAAUCAGUGAUAAUGAGAGGAGUAUCGAGCGGGUGCAACUCAUGGAAAAACUUGUGCAGUGCCAGCUCGAACUUGACGCUUUAAAGGAAGAAUUAUCUGAUCCAGUGAAAAAAAUUCGAGCAUUGCGUGCUAUAACUGUGAUGGGGCAUCAGUUUUCCUUGCAAUCAGCUACUGGUCGAAAUCCAUAUUGUGAAGUUUGCUUAUCUACGAUUUGGCGUUUGAUACAACGUUACCGGCGAUGUAACAAUUGUGGUUUACGAUCACAUGACAAAUGUGUACAACACGUCUUACGUUAUUGUGUUAGCACCAAAGCUAAUGAUAUUCUCUUUAGGCCAAGGACGGAAAUUUGCGAGGAACGUGGACUUGAUUUGCAAAACUAUAAAUGUGCAGAGUGUCACCAUUCUUUACAAUUUGAUGGUGCAACUGAUAGUGAACCGCGGUUAUGCGAUUAUAACGGCCAUUAUUAUUGUCCACGUUGUCAUUGGAAUGAUGAAUGGUUUAUACCGGCUCGUAUAGUACACAAUUGGGAUUUCAGCAAGUAUAAGGUUUGUCGCGCAACAAAGCAACUGCUUGUUGUUAUCGAAAGAAGACCAGUUUUCAAUAUUUUAAAGUUGAAUCCUGGACUAGUGAAUUACGUUGAUCAACUAGCCAAAAUAAAUAAGUUGCGACAAAAUAUAUUGUUGAUGAAGUGUUACUUCAUGUGUUGUAAGGUAGCCCGUAAGCAGCGAAUUUUGCAAAAUUUGAGACAUCGUCAACAUUUUGUCGAAAACUCGGAUAUGUACAGUCUGAUGGACCUGGUGGAUUUGCAUCAAGGUCGAUUAUUACCAGAUAUCAAAGGAAUAAUUCGUAUAUAUACCGAACAUAUCACUAAAGACUGUAUGAUCUGCAGAGGAAAAGGAUUUAUUUGCGAGUUGUGUGAUGAUGCUACUGUAAUUUUCCCAUUCCUCGAAAAUGUGGCCAUCUGUCGUAAUUGCUUAGCUACUUUCCAUCAAGAGUGUUUCAACAGAAAAAGCAAACACUGUCCAAGAUGUUUGCGACGAAAAUCUCGUACAAGUUCAAUGUUGCCGAUGGAUGAUAUCAAAUAA